AUGGAAAAUCUUUGCAUCUUCGUCUUCUUCUUCCUCUUCCUCUCACUCUCUGCAAUCGCACAGCCUCCGCCGCCGGUUCCGGCGAUGCUGACUCCGCCCCCGCAGCAGCUCCGCAACAUUAUUGACGCCCUGAUCGGUGCCGGGGACUUCACUAGCUGGGUGACCAUUCUCUCCCUGGCCAAUCCGUUGAUGCUCCCGAUGAGCGCCACCCUCUUCGUCCCUCAAGACGGCAGCGAUCUCAUCUCCGACAACCACCCGGCCAUGGAUCCGCUUCUCUUCCCUUACCAUAUCGUCCCUCAGCGACUCUCAUUCUCCGAUCUUCUCCUCUUCAAGCCCAACACUCGCCUUCCCACUCUCCUUCCUGCCAUGUCCCUUGUUAUUACCAACAGUUCUCGCUUCAAUUUCACUCUCAACAACAUUCCGGUCACUCAUCCAAACCUCUACAACACUGAUUCCAUCUCCGUCCACGGCAUCGCAGCGGUUCUUGAUUACUCUAUUUUCGGUUACUCAUUUCCCCUCCUGCCAACUCCGACUACGGAAACUACAGCCGGUAACCAGGAGUCGGAGGUCCUUCCGUCACCGCCGUCACCACCGGAGGGAAUCUUGACGCCGCCGUUUAUGGCAAUCGGAGAUCCUUCGGAUGCAGCAUGCUCGUGCACCGAAGCGCCCAUCGUUUUCUUGAUCUUUUGUGCGGUUUUGGCGUUCAAGAUGCAAAGAAUCCCUUUCAUUCGUUGA